AUGGAGAAUGGUAACCAACAACAACAACAACAACCUUUUAAAAUAGCGGUUGGUCAAAUUAAGAGUGUAAAUAAUAAAGAUAUAAACUUUAGCAAAUGUCAAGAGUUUGCUGAGGAGUCUGUUAAACAAGGUGCCUUUAUGUUGUGUUUACCAGAGUGUUUUGCAUUCAUGUCUGGUGGAGGUAAUCCAAGAGAAUCAAUUGAAAAUGCAGAACCUCUUGAUGGACCAACUAUCAAUCGUUAUCGUCAAUUGGCACGUGACAAUAGAUUAUGGUUAUCACUUGGUGGGUUUCAUGAAAAAGUAGGAUCACAACAACCAACUACUACUGAAUCAACAACAUCUUCUUCAUCGUCAGAUACAUCAAUGAUUUAUAAUAGUCAUUUAAUUAUUGAUGAUAAUGGAGAUAUUAAAUCAAUUUAUCACAAGAUGCAUUUAUUCGAUGUCAAUAUACCAUCAAAGAAUGUACACUUUAAUGAAAGUAAAGCAGUGGUACCUGGAAAAGAGAUUAUGGUGUGUGACAGUCCUGGUGGUCGAUUGGGAUUGAGUGUAUGUUACGAUGUUAGAUUCCCUCAACUCUAUAUCAAACUACGUAGUAUGGGUAGUCAGAUUCUAUUGGUGCCAGCUGCAUUUAUGCAAAAGACUGGUGAGGCACAUUGGCAUACCCUACUCAAAUCAAGGGCCAUUGAAAAUCAAUGUUAUGUAGUGGCAGCUGCUCAAACAGGUCAACAUUAUGCCUCAAGAACAAGUUAUGGACAUUCACUUGUAGUAGACCCAUGGGGAACUGUUUUGGUUGAUAUGGAGGAUAAAGAAGGUGUUGGAAUUGCAACCAUUGACCAUAAUCUAUUAAAUCAAGUUCGUGAAAAUAUGCCUUGUUUUACUCAUAUUAAAAGUGAUUAUUAA